AUAGGCCAAGUCAGGAGAUGCGGCCUCCUGCUGGCCGCAAGAAUUGGAGUAGGCCUAAGGCCGAUUUUGUCUUGGCUAGGAAGCAUAGGAGGGAAGUACUUGAAUGGAUAAAGACAUUAAUGUUCCCUGAUGGAUAUGCAGCGAAUCUGAGGAGGGGAGUGAACUUAAAUACUCUACGAGUCUUAGGGAUGAAGAGUCAUGACUACCACAUAUGGAUUGAGCGGCUUCUUCCGGUGAUGGUUCGAGGCUAUGUCCCUGACCACAUUUGGGUCGUGCUGGCAGAGUCAAGCUACUUCUUCCGCCAGCUUUGUGCCAAGGAGGUAUCUCGGUCCGUGUUGCUAGCCUUAGAAGCAGCGGCACCUGUGUUGGUAUGUAAGUUGGAGAAGAUCUUUCCACCUGGCUUCUUCCUUCCAAUGCAGCAUUUGAUUAUGCAUCUCCCGUAUGAGGCAAGGAUGGGGGGCCUUGUCCAAGGCCGUUGGUGCUACCCAAUCGAGAGAUGCUUCAAGUUCCUUCGGAGAAAAUGCAGGAAUAAAGCCAAGAUUGAGGCUUCGAUGUCAGAGGCUUACAUCACUGAGGAGGCGUCGAACUUCACAACAUCAUACUAUAAUGAUAACCUUCCUAGCAUGCAUAAUCCACUCCCUCAUUACAAUGCCAACGAAAAUGAAUGCAACCUUAGCUUGUUCCGAGGUCAACUCGGAAGUCUAAGUGAAGGCACCCCCAAGAGGUUAACGAGUCAAGAGUGGCACACUAUAAUGCUAUAUGUGUUGACCAAUCUUGAUGAGGUGCAUCCAUACAUGCAGUAAGUUCUAUACCACUUUGUUUCUCAUUGGUGCCGUAUAUGCACUAUUUGCAUCCAACCCCUUUGUCCCCCAACGAUGCAGGCAAUUUCAAAAUGAAUUCUGGGCAGGAUAUAGGCCCGUUGGGGGCCUAUGCUCUCUCCAAGAAGGGGAAGGCGACGGCCGACAUCACCUACAGCCCGGACGACCCUCCUGAGGCGUACACCAACUCCACCGUCCAUAGCCGGAUCAGCUCAUAUUGUGAUUCGGCACAUGCGAUCCAUGGCCUUGACUUCGAUCCCUACAAUGAGGCCAUCAGUGGAGAAGCAGCCAUGAGGGUAGGGGGAGGCAAGCAACAUGGGCGAUACUGGGUUGCUGACCCCUUGAUUGACUCCUCGAGGACUCCUACUCUCUCCCAAAUUAGAGCAAAGGACAGGCGUCAGGGCGAAAGCAGCUCAGGGGUACGCUCGAGGCCGACCGCAGCCGAGUGCAUCAUCACCAACCUCCAGACCCAGCUUUCGCAAAAGGAAGUCAGGAUCACCGAGUUAGAGACACAGUACAGGGAGAUGGCCAUCUACAUGCGAACUCUUGGGGCUCAGAUGGGAGCACCUCCGCCACCAAACUUAUGUAGAUGCGAUUGUGGUUGCGUGCCAUCGAGCCGCUGUGGAUGUCGGCUAUCGUGCCGCUAUGCUUGCCGGCCUUCGUGUCGAUGCUUUUCUUGCAGCUUCACUCCCAGGGUUCUACUCAAGCGCCCAAUGAGCAAAGUCCUCAAGACGGUGGGUGGAGCGACCAUGUCAAUCCGUACCAACCUCCAGGCGAUUCAUGGGGCAGACGAGAUGGAUUCGGUUGGUGAACUUGUAGUUUUUUUAUGGAAUUUGUCGUUUUGUCGGACGUUUGUUGAACUUGUGGUUUCCUUAGACUUGUGAUGGACUUGGUGAUGAACAUGUGUUUAUGUAUGUGACAUGUACGUUAUAUGUAUGUCAGAGAUUUGGUAUAUCAUGGUUAUUGUGGUAAAUGUGCGAUAUAUUGUGAUA